UUUUGCGGUGUGUUGCAUUUCUUAUAUUUUACACGCUCGUCAUAAAUAAACAGUUAAAUACUAUAAUUAGAAAAUAUCAAAGCACUUAAAAAAUGGUGAUACGGAAUCCUAACAAUAUCUACAUUCCCGACUACUUAAAUGAAGAGUUUUUUGUGAAUGCAUUGGAAGAGGGUCUGCGUGAAAUCAAAGUCACAAUUAAUGAAGCCAUUUUUGAGUGGGGCAGCAACCCCGGAGAUAACUAUUGUUCGCGCAUUUAUCGUGUACUGGUUGGCUUUCAGCGUCUGUUAGCGGAUCAAAAGCAACCAGUGCAAGAACAAUUAUAUUUAAUAAUCAAAACUAUUCCGAUAACAAAAGAAACGCAAUUCCUGGAAGAUGUCGGCGUAUUUCUAAAGGAGAAAUUGACCUACUUUGAUGUGUUACCUCGGCUAGAAUUACUUAUCGAUGGUUAUAAAUUUGGUGCUAAAUGCUAUUACGCCAUUAAAUCACCAACGCAGACAAUCGUUUUCGAUGACUUGAAAGUUGAUGGGUUCACCAUUGCAUCGCGACAAGAUCAGCUCGAUUGGGCACACAGCGAAUUGAUCUUGCGACAAGUGGGUCGUUUGCAUGCCACCUCAAUGGUUUUGAUGAAAAGAGAUCCCGGCAUCACCAAACGCCUCAAUAAAGGGAUGCUCUCCGAAGAGACUUUAAUGAAGAGUGAUACCUUUGAAAAUAUGUUUGGCGGCACACUGAAGCAGUUAGCUAUCAAUUCAGCGAAUUGGCCUGGUUUUGAAAAGAUCUCACAGAAACUACAUCACUUUCAUAAUAAUUUCAAGUCAAUAUGUUUGCGUUUGGCCGAACGCCGCGAAGGCGAUCGCAUUGUUGUGAUGAAUCAUGGUGAUCUAUGGACCGCCAAUUUCAUGUAUGCCUACGAUGAUCCCCAGCAACCGAAUAAGCCAACGCGCGCAAUUUUCGUGGACUUUCAGCUAAACUUCUAUGGCAGCCCCGGCUGUGAUCUCAAUUUCUUACUCAAUACAAGUAUACGUCUCGAUUUGCUAAAAUAUCGGCGCGAUGAAAUAAUAAACGCGUACUUCCAAACCUUUACCGAAACUCUGAAAUAUCUUCACUAUGAAAAUAUACCGACAUUAGAGGAUCUCAAAUAUGAAUUGCGUGCGCGAGAACUUUAUGGUCUAUUUGCACUGUUCGGUUUCCUGCCGAUCGUUACUAUACCAAAGGAGUGGUCGGAAGAUAGCAGUAUUGAUAAAUUAAUGGAUGAGGAGUUUGCCCGGAAAAAAUUCGAGAAGAUAUUCUCACAGGAGCAUCUACAAGUGCAACUAAAAUACGCUUUGCAGCGCUUGGAAGAUUUGGGCGUAUUGGACGAAUUUUAGAGAAUGUAAAUUGGAACUGGAUAUACUCGCAUGUAUAUGUAGAUGUAUGGAUGUACAUAUGUAUUAUAUUAUAAAUUAUUGGAAUAAAAGAAAGCUAUUAUUGUGUA